UGACUGGGAGCGGGGGUGAGAUAGGUUUGCUCGCGUCCAUUGUCCGCCGUAUGUGGGAAGCCAGCAGCAUUGUCUCAGCACUACCGUAUUGGUAGGAAAGUCGGCUGCAACUACUACUGCAAGAAGAUAAACCCGGGGGACACAGAAGGAGAGAGCGACCGGCUACUGAGGUACCGUACCUGGCUGGCUACUUACUGGUAUUCAUCACGAUUUGAACCUACGGCCUCAGAGUUUGGGGCCCUGUACUGCUACCAUGAUGACGUUUCCCACAAAUCACGUGACCAGCCAUCCUGGACGCGCAGGUCUGGGACCCCUACCCGUUCCCGCCCUUCUUCCCUACCCUCUCUACCUACACAGUCUGUCGUCUGCCAAGUUAGAACCAGACGUAGACAUACCUCAGCGUCACCACAAACAACACCAGCAACAACAGCAUCAGCACCAGCAGCAGCAGCAACAACAACAGCACCAUCAACAACAGCAACAGCAAGCACAUCAUCUCCAUCCUGCAAUCCACAACGGCAGUUUUCAUUCUACACCACAAAAGUCGAACUGGGAGCUUCACUUUCAUAAACAACUGCAGCAUCACUACCACCAACAACAGCAACAACAUCUGCAGCUGUUGCACAGAUAUCAAAGACAGGUCCUGGUGGAGAAAACGGAGAUACUGCACCAUCCUCCACCAUUAUCGAAACACCACCAUGAAAAGACUCCAUUAUAUUCCUCUUUAGCUGUUAUUCCUCGAAGCGAAACAAAAGAUGCAACUAUUUCACGCCAAGAUAUCGGGAAAUCCCGAAAUAGCCCGAGUCAUUGUGAAAAAUCUGUGUUCAUCGUCAGUCAGAGUGUAGCCUUUCUCGACACACCCCAAAACACCGAUGAAGAAAUAUUAUCUGACAGCAGCAAAGAUAUCAAAGAGAAGACAGUGUGCCAUAAGAAGUUAGGUUCGGUCAAACAGGAAAGAAUAGAAGAUGACCUGAACAAGUCACUAGACUCUCACUGUGAACUGUCUCCAAAGCAGCUGAAUAGGUCUUGUGACGUCAUGAGCCCUCUGUCUGUCAGAGGAGAUGCCAGUCCUGAGAAUGUUUUGGAAACUACCAGGCUCAGACUGAAGGAGGAUCUGAUGG